AUGACAACCGGCCAAUCCAACCAUCCCCUCGAAACCCUUGGCCCCUUCCACCCCCCCAAAGUCGACCGCCAAGCCAUCAAACCUUCCGUAGCCCGCCGCAUCACCAUCAAAGUAUCAGACCCACUCGACCACGAAGCCCCCGCCAUCCUACACGAACCCCGAAGCUACAACGCAGCCGGCCCAACUGGCAGCGCCGUAGUCCUAGUCUCCGGCGCUGGCGGUGGUGUCUCUGGUCCAGCAGGCAUCUACCCGUCUCUAGCAGACAAGAUCGCCCUCCUGCUCUCCGUGCCAUGUGUCCGGCUGGACUACCGUGAGCCAGCACAAACAGAAUAUUGUGUCGCAGACAUGCGAGCCUCAUUCGAUUACCUAGCAGAUCGUUUCGGCGCGACCCGCUUCGUGGUCGUGGGCUGGUCUUUCGGCGGGAGUCCAUGCUUCACAGUCGCAGCGCAAGAACCCACCCGUGUAUGCGGCGUCGCGACCGUCGCGUCGCAGACGGCCAACACGCAGGGCGUGAGGGCGCUCGCUCCGCGGCCGCUACUCCUUCUCCAUGGCGAGGACGACCAUGUCCUGGCGCCGUCAUGCUCGAAGACCCUAUUUAACCAGUACGGCGCCGGUGGCGAUCGCGAGAUGCGGCUUUUUCCUGGUGAUGACCAUGGGUUGACGAGGCAUGCGCCGGAGGUUGAGAGGAAGAUUUUUGUUUUUGCGGCGAGAUGUCUUGGGCUGAGUGAGCUCGUUAAUCAUGAGGUUUUGCUGCAGGUUGGCCAGGAUUUGGUGGGGGGAAGGGAGGGGAGGGUGAAGGAAAUGGAGAUGGGGCGGGAUCUUGAUGGUGGUGAGCGUUUGUUUUGA